CCCAUCUCGCUCACUUGGAAUGACCUGUUAUGUAUCACACCCAAUUAUUUCACCCUUCAAGUUCAUAAUUAAGUCAUCUAGCUAUGCGUCCUCUUCGAACCAACUGGUUCAAACUUAACUAUCUACAUUCUCUUGCCGGCUAGGAACAAAGCUAAACAAGUGACAUCCUCAAAUAUACCAAUCUUACCACUACUACUACUCUUACCGCGCAAAUAGGUAGCUAAUAAUCAAAGCUAGAAAUACAACUCACCCGGUAUUAUCAUCAUAAGACUGCCCUGCCGCUAUGGAUCGCGACCACGUAAUCACCAUCGAGCUCGGGAAGCCAGAGGAGGAGUACGACCAAUCUACCGAGGACAUCGUCACGCCGGCCUCCGACCAAAGAAACCAGGGGCCUCGGUAUACAGCUUCUGCCAAGUCCUGCUUCGUCUGCCGGAACACGCUUCUACUAAGCUACUUCGACUGCUGCGCCGUGUGUCUCGGCGUCAUCAAGCGCGGCCAGAGCCGCCAUAAUAAGACCGACAGCAACAGCAACAGCAGCAACAGCAACUGCAACUGCAACAACGAAAGGCCGGCAUCAGACUCCCUACCCCUGCCUACUACGCAGCCGCGGGAACCUUCAGCAUCGCCAGCAACAACACCACCCCCCUACUGCUCCUCCUCCUCCUCCUCCUCCUCCUCCUCAGAAAACAACUACAACUACAACUACAACCCCCCUCCCCCUCCCCCUCCCCAACCCCCGCACUGCCCCAGCCCCUACUGCCGCUACACCCACGCCCGCCCCCUCAUGCUCCUCUUCGCGCUGGGCGAAGCGGCGCAGUUCCGGUUCGCGGGCAUGCUGGCGCUGCAGUGGUGGCAGAUCUUCGUGCUGCCGCGGCAGUGGGCGCGCGGGCGCUCCGUCGUCGCCGGCCAGCUCGUCGCGUGCCUGUUCAUGGUGUGGUUUUACGUGGACGCGAGCCGCGGCUGGAGGUGGUGGGAGCCGCUUGCUGUUAGCACUGUUUUGUUGAAGAUUGUGUUUCCUUGGUAG